AUGAAUUGCUUAAGAGCCUUAAGCAAUAGCGUGUUGAAAUUCAAAAUCCCACGUCAGUCCUACAACUUGGAAUGGAAACGGUUCCGAAAACCCUCCAUGUGCGAUUGUUUCGACAUCCGCAACGUGACGAUCGAACAAGGAACGAAUAAGCACGGCAAGCUCAUUCGGUCGUUCCUGUUCAGCCACUUCUGGCCCCGGGAGCCCAGCGUCAUCGGCCUCUGGAUGUGCCUUAACUCGUCCUAUCUGGACGUUUUAACUGACAAAUACUCAUAUUCUGGCGACCGAUACCUAGCAUAUGAGUACAUACCGAGAACGAACGAACGUAAGCUAGUAGGGGUUUGCGUGGCCAACAAGGUCAUGCCCUGGUUGAUAGAUGAGCUGGAGGAAUGGGCCCACUGUACUCCUUCCAGGCCCGAGAGAAACCGCAUGUACUUCAUAGCUCAUUGCUUGCGGAGUCCCAAUUUGUACAAGAAGUACAAUGUCCCUUUUUUGUACGAUGUGGAAGUCCUCGCGACAGCAUCGGAAGUAGCCGGCCAAGGUGUAGGCACAAUGUUGCUUCGUCAGGUUCUCAGUCAAGCAGAAGAGCUGCGUUAUCCUCUCGUACAGGUGAUAGCUGUCAGUCAGUACACAGCUAAAAUAUGUGAAAAGUGCGGCAUGAAACUAGAAUGGUCAAUGGACUACACGGAGUUUAUAGACGAUGCGGGUCAAAGGGUGUUCUUCCCGCGAAGGCCUCACCACAAAGUUUCCAUCUACGUCACUCAUUACGACCCGAAGAAGGGUGCACCAGAGGUCUGCUUGCCGCCAUACUAG